AGUCAUGGAAGAACUUCCGCUUUUUUCCCCCUUUUUUUCUUCUUUGCUUUGAUAGCGCGGUGAACUUGUUGGUGCUCAUUUGUUUCACUGUGUUCAGAUCCUGUCGAGCAGGACAGUUUAUGCAAAGGGUUUUUAUUGCAUGUUAAUACUACGGGGGGAGCCUUUCUAAAGUAGUUUAUUAUUUUGCGCCAUAUGGACGUAACGUCGACUUAAAGCCUUUGGAGCAGAAGUGGUCUCGCUGGGCCUGGUGUUUUUUUGCAGAGGAGUGUGCUGAAGUGUCCGCCCCGACCACCGAUGGACCCGAUGGAUUGGCUUGAGAAUGAGGAACUUUUGCGGUUUUUCCACCGCCAUAAAACCGAAAUGUCCUGCCUGGAGAAACCGCACACCUUUCUCAGCCAGCUCAGGGACCACGACCUGGUCGCAGAGGACAAAUACAAAAAAGUCAGUCGCAUGAAGAGUAAAGACAACAUGAGGAAAGGUCUUUAUGAAAUUCUGGACUGGUUGGAGAGAAAACAAUCGGAGCGCAUCAAGACGUUCUGGAGUUGCGUCUUCAAGGAGACCAUCAUGAACCAGUAUCCCACCCUGCGGCUUCUGCACAAAAGUCUCCUGGACGGGUCUUUCCAUUUUGAAGUGCCCGAGAGCGUGGAAAAGGAAGAGGCAGAUGAAGGGAAAAGGAAGGAGCUUUCAGAAGAUGAGGAGGAGGGAGAGAAGAAGCAAAAAACCUCUGUGAAACAGAAGAGAAAACUAAGAAGCAGGAGCGUGUGCGAUAAUGAUGAUGAGGAGGAGGAGCAGGCCGGUCCAUCAUCUCAGUUCACUCCAAGGAAAAAAUCCAAGAAACUACGCUUCUCCUCUCCCCUGAAGAAGGGAGAGAAGAACGACAUUUGGUCCUGGCCCAUCUAUAAGCUCCAGCUGCCUGUGACCUGUGGAGACCGGGACGGGACACUGAACAGACACCGACUGGCUAAAGGGGAGAAGUGCAUUGUGGUUGAGAAAAAGUGGUUAACUCCCAGUGAAUUUGAGAGGAUUGCGGGAAAGCAGAGCAAUAAGAACUGGAAGUGGAGCAUUAAAUGUAUGGGCACCCCACUGGGAAAACUAAUACAGGAAGGUCACCUGAAAGCAGGGAAGUACAAAGGAGGGUGUAAAAAGGCCAAGCAGCCCCUGUUCCCAUCUGAUCAUUUAACAGUGUCUGACAGAGAAGAAGAUGAAGAGGAGGACUGUGACCUGGACAUGGAAGAACAGGUUUCGUCAAGCAGCAGAGAAAGUUUCACAGAUGUGACAGAUGAAGGAGGAGAGCUGGAGGAACAGACUGAGCAGCAGCCAGAAGCCAGCAAUGACAGUGGCAGGAAGGUGUUCAAAGUUACAUGUGGAGCUUUAGCAGGGACCUUACACAAAAAACGAUUUGCGUCGGGGACUUGUGGGAAGAGUAUUCGCACUGAGACGACCUGGAUGACCCCAGUGGAGUUUGUGAAGAAGGCGUUAGAUCAGACAAGUAGCUGCUGGAGGAAAGACAUCCAGUGGGAAGGGGAACCAAUCAGUGUCCUCUUGGAGGCAAAGACCUUGGAGGUCCACUCACUGCUGUGCAUCUGCAAACUGUGCAAACCAGAUUGUAAAGACCUGCUGUCACGUCUGUCUUGGCAGGAGAAUCAGAAAAACGAUGAUGAGUGUAACAUCUGUAAAACUGGAGAAGAAGAAGAAGAAGAGUUGGUGGUGUGUGAUCACUGCCCCCGCUCCUUCCACCAGAAAUGUCACCUGCCUCAUGUAGAAGACGCCUUGUUAGGGGACAAUAGUCUAUGGAUGUGUACAUUCUGUGUAUUUCGAACCACUAAAGAGUGGCUUUACAUGGAUGAGCUGGAAAGAGAAGCAGCCAUGUCUCGCCAAAUAUCCCAUUGCAUGCUGCAAUGCCAGUAUCUCCUUCUGUAUCUGUGCGAUGCUGACGAGGAUCAAAUAUUUACUACAAACCCAUGCCUCUAUUUGUUAGACUACUCCACUAAGAUCACGACUCCGAUGUGGCUGGGUAAUGUAGCAGACAAACUUCAGAAGCAACUCUACCAGACUGUUGGAGAGUUUGUGUCCGACGUCCAGCUCAUUUUCACCAACUGUGCUUCAUACAACAGAGACAAGGCGGAAUUCCUCGCCAUGGGCAACAGACUGAAGAAUUUAUUUGAUGAGGAAUUUAACAAUGUGUUCAACAUCAAAGAACAGACUGUUGAAUGAUAAACGGUGAUCAGUUUUGAAACUGAAUAGCUUCUGAGGAAAGAAUUAAAAAAUCUGUAAAUAGACCUUAUGUCAAGUGUUAUACUAUGUGGGUAAAAUAUCCCAAAAUAAUGAAUUGCGAAUCAAGAGAAGGCAAGGGACUUUUAACUAAA